AUGGCGCCCUCGACGUGUCCGUUGCUCGCCUCCAGCCGCGCGCUCAUCGACUCGCUGGGCUACGUCGAUACCGAGUACAACUCUCCAGCCAAUCAGCAGCAAGUCCAGGCGCAAAUCCGCGCCGAGAUGGCGACGUUCUCGCCCCCGGACGAUAAGUACUUGGGCUUUCUCCCCUCUUCCUCCUCCUUGUCGUCUUCUUUGCCGUCUUUUAGCGGCCACGAGCGGCUCCAGACGGACUUUAAGCGUGUCAUGGCCAAUGUACCUCUGGACGCUAUUGAUAUGAACCGGUACCAAGUGCGGGAGCCAAUGGGGAAGCACGUGGCGAGUCUUGAAGCAUGGGAACACGCUCUUCAGCAGCUCCAAGUGGCUGUGGAACACGAGAAGACGCGAGUGCUGAAUCUGGAGCUGUACCAGAGCUAUGGUACAAAUCUACUGAAGGUCCGAGCUGCUGUGCUGGACGGCGUGAAUAAGCGGUACACGCACGCGGUGCAGCAGGUGAAACUCGGGUCGGAUCAAGUGAAUCGAGCGCGACAGGACGAUCAGGAACGCAAUGGCGUCAAGCUGCACAAGUAUCAGCGCACGUGCUGUGAACUGCUGGCGAAGAAUGCCUCGAUCAAGCGCGCAUGUGCCGAGGAGGAGGAGAGGCAGCAACGACACAAGAAGAUGAAGAUUGAGGCGGCGUGA